CAGAAAUCAUGACCCGGCACUUCUCGCUUCUCUUUGUUCUUGGGACUGUAACAUCUGUGUGUUCCCAGUUCAGUUUUUACCCUCUGGAGGAACUUAGCUCUGAUGUUGGAAUCCAAGUCUUCAAUCAGAUAGUGAAAGCUAAGCCUCAGGACAACGUUGUCGUUUCUCCUCAUGGGAUCGCGUCGGUCCUGGGGGUGCUGCAGCUCGGUGCCGAUGGCAAGACAAAGAAGCAGCUGACAACUAUGAUGAGAUACAGCGUAAACGGAAUAGGAAACUCUCCGAGAGCAGCUGGAAGCAAAGAGGAGAGCCAGCAGCAUGAGACCAGCCAGCUCUCCCCGGACCACAAGCAAGUGCUUCGUGGACCACCAGUGGUCCACAGAAUACAGUUUGAGAACCUCUGUUAUGGCGUUGGUAAAGCGUUAAAGAAGAUAAACAGGCUCAUAGUCUCAAAAAAGAAUAAAGACAUUGUUACAAUUGCUAAUGCAGUGUUUGCAAAGAGUGGCUUUAAAAUGGAAGUGCCUUUUGUUACAAGGAACAAAGAGGUGUUUCAAUGCAGCGUCAAGAGCGUGGACUUUGAGGACCCAAGCUCAGCAUGUGAUUCCAUCAACCAGUGGGUCAAAAAUGAAACGAGAGGUAUGAUCGAUCAGGUUGUAGCUCCGGAUGACAUUGAUGGCAGCUUGACCAGGCUGGUUCUAGUAAAUGCUGUGUAUUUCAAGGGCUUGUGGAAGUCACGGUUUCGACCUGAAAAUACAAAGAAGCGUCCGUUUUACGGGGCUGAUGGGAAGACCUACCAAGUCCCUAUGCUGUCCCAGUUGUCCAUCUUCCGCUGUGGCACUACGAGCACUCCGAACGAGCUGUGGUAUAACAUCAUUGAGCUGCCGUACCACGGCGAGAUGAUCAGCAUGCUGAUCGCCCUGCCCACCGAAAGCACCACGCCGCUCUCCGCCAUCAUUCCCCACAUCAGCACGAAAACAAUAGGGAGCUGGAUGACAACCAUGGUAGCAAAAAGAGUGCAGGUUAUUUUACCCAAAUUUACAGCAGUAGCAGAAACAGACCUAAAGGACCCUCUGAAGGCACUUGGCAUUACAGAUAUGUUUGACCAGUCAAAGGCAAACUUUGCAAAAAUAACAAGGUCAGAAGGUCUUCACGUAUCUCACGUUUUGCAGAAGACAAAAAUCGAAGUUAGUGAAGACGGAACCAAAGCUUCUGCAGCAACAACUGCAAUUUUAAUAGCCAGGUCAUCCCCUCCUUGGUUCAUCGUAGACAGGCCAUUCGUGUUUUUCAUCCGGCACAAUCCUACAGGUACGAUCUUGUUUAUGGGACAAAUAAACAAACCUUGACUGUGGAAAAGACUUUUCUUGAAGAAGCACCCAGGCUCGUGUGACGUGCCCCUGUCUCUUCCAUACUUUGUCCGCUCCUCUUCGACUUGGCUCGAGAGCUGGCUUUAACCGCUGGCUGGGAUUUGAAACGGGAGUCGAUGUAGUUCUGGCUUUGUGAGGGGGGAAAAAUACGAAUUGAAAACUACAGUAUCUUCAAAAUGUCUAAAAGAUUCUCUAAACUACUGAACGGCUACCUAUGCUAACCAACCUUCUGAGCUUUUUCUGUAUCUACUAAGAAUUUUAUGUCUGGCUUUUGUGAGAGGAUUUUAACAAAGAAUGGUAAACGUUGCUGUUAAUGUUGGGUUCUCCUCGUGCGUGGAAAAGGUCUAAUUUUGUAGAUACUGCCUAUCAAGAUGACUUUUGGUUCCUGAGUAUCUUGGUACCUGGAUAUUCUUGGUAGAAAUAGAUUAAAAGUUCUAGCAAGUUUUAUUUUAUAUAGUGCAUGUAUCACUGAGAGUUUUAAAAUUAAUGUGGUGUUAGACACACAUCGCAUUGUCCUGUCUUACUGUAAUGUAAACUUGUCAUUGCUAGUACACACUUUCUAUUGGAUUUAAAUUUUAUAUUUGUUUUUGUACAAAGGAGGAAAAUAAAAACUGCAUUAUGAACAGUCA